AUGGCAACCCUUGCCAGCAGCCCGCCAGCAGCAAUCACCCCUGCGGGGAGCGAGAUACCGGCAUCUUGGUCUCCCUCUCCAAAGAGAACACCAGCACACCACCCAUUGAAGCCUAUCCACGCUACCGCCACCACCCCCUCUACCACAGCAGCAGCAGCAGCAGCAGCCGUUGCACGACUUUCGGUCAGCCCAUCAUCGUCCUCGGCAUCGGGAUUCUCGCACAAACUUAGGCGGCGGCUGCUGGACGCACCCGAGGCCUCGGACAAAAGCAGCAGCGGCAGCCACGGCGUGGGGAGAGUGAGGUCGGGCUCCGAAGAGGCGGCGGUAGCGGCGGCGACGAUAGCGGCAACGGUCUCUUCUGGCGACGCCAUGGGGUUCGGAGACGGUGCGAUCAAGAAAUCGGGGCUGCUUCGUCGGUGCAUGUCGUUGGUGGACGAGAUCCCUCCUUCGUCGAGAGGAGGCCAGUCUCCCGGUUUGGGUUUGCAAAGCGACCAGCAGGGGAGCCAGGGGGCAGGAACCGCGUCGCGCAAGCCCGCCACGGCUCCGGGGGUGGAUAUCUUGAGGAGUACCAGCUGGGGGCCCGCUUGUAACGCUUCCAUCGAGCCGCCACGAGGGAUUGUUGGUGUCUCUGGCCAACACCGCCGGCCCGCGAUUCCGUCCCCCAACAACAGAGGCAUUGCAUCCUCCAGGAGUGACGCCGGCGAGCAUGGACACGGAUCAUCGAACGCCACCGGGGGGCUACCUUCAUCGAAAGGGCUCAAACCUCCGCCCGUCAUCUCGGGCCCGGCGCCGGCAACCUUAGGUCUGAUGUCGGCUUCGCCUACGCGAUCCUCGUCUUUCUGCGGCAGCGAUGGAGGGCUCCGUAUAUCCCCCCUGCAGCGCUCCGGCUCCAUCUGUAGCGUGUCAGACGCUGAUCCCGACGACGAGGCUUACGCCGCUAGCUUUUUCCUCUGCGGAAGUCUCGGUUCGGACGGCGCCUUGCACUCGUCGCCACCUCUCCUGUGUUGCUCUCCCCCGGUUGUAGGGGCACUCGACGACAUUGUCCAUGCCGAUGGGAAGAGCAAGGGCAGCGGCGGGGUCAGGGGGCGACGGCGAACCAGAGGCGUGGAGGGUGGGGGGGUGCGGAAAACGAAGCAAUCGCCACCUCAAGGUCGGGGCCAAACGGUCGAUAGCGCGCCGACGUCUCCUGAGCAGAAGCAGCCGACGAACGAUGCCUCUUCGAGCGCAGAUACACCCAACCUCCAACGGGAAAACUCGUAUUUCGAGAAGAAGGCGCCUGCGCCGUUGCAUCUCAGGCCUUCUCCUAGCCGGAGAAAGACCAGCGGCCAACGCCCGGAAGGUCAAGAGCAGCCGGGAACAAAGGCUCGAUCAAGGCAAAAAAGCAACGAUUGCGCUAGAUGCGAGAGGCUCGCCGCUACCCCGGGUCUACCGGACGAGGUGUUUCCGUCCCCAACAGCAUCAUCUGUUUCAUCAUGUGCUAAGCUUUCUUCUGUGCUCGACCGCAGAUUGCACACCAAGCCGCACAUCGCCGCUUCUGCUGUUGUUGGGUCACACCAGCACUACCACCAACAAACUGAGCAGGCGCACCACCAUGCCCUUUCCCCGGUGCCUACCGUUAGGGGCGCCGGCAAGCCUGCCGGGAGAACACUUACCGUUGAUCAGCCCAUCUCCCCGGAAAAUUCCGGCGGCUACUCAAUCGCGGAUCAAACCACCCCGAAGCUGGGGACUUGCAGUAGCAGGCUGUUGGUCGAGCAUCGUGACUUUCGACAUGCUCGCAACGAUAUCUCUGCUCAGGAUGGAGGUCAGCAGGCAGGUGCCGCUGGCAGCGAGAGCGGCGAGGGACCACGCCUACCGGUUUCGUCUUCGCCCGGAGCCGGCGGCCUGGCCGUAGCAGCUGACCAGGAAAAUUCCUUGCUUGUUCGGAGAAACGACUCGAUCCUCAAGAGUCUCGUGACGGGCUGCAGCUUGGAUCCGGCGGUUGGGUUCCGGGAAAACGCGGGGGUCUACUACGAGUUUGGCCUUUGGAAGAAAAAGGGCAAGUCGAAGAAAGCGCCCUCAAUGUCGCCGCGGUUAGCCGCAAUCCCGGCCGAGGCGGGGGGCAGGGGAGCGGAAGCGGGAUUGCCGCCACCCCCGCUGAAGGGCCGCCCGCUAAACAUCGGUAGCUCGAUUCCUUUCUCUCCGCUAGCCGCAAACGAUGCCUUCCCACCCGACAGGGCAAGGACCGACUCGGACGGAGUACAACCGGGCGGGCAAAGGGCCGGCGGGCUUUGCGACCGUCGGCCCUCCUCCUCGCCGUCGAACCUUACCCUCGUUGCACCCCUCCCUGGUUUCGCGAAACUCCCGCCAAGACGCCCGCAGGUGGAGACGAAGGCGGACAGGCCGCAUCCCCCCAGCGGCGGCGGGAGGAGAGACGAGCGGAGGUCCGCAAAGCCUGGCCACCGCAAUAGCUCAGACAGCGCCGCUGCCGGCCUCCCGCCAACCUCGACCGAACUCCAGCGCAGCAGAAGCAGCACCAGCCUCUGCCUGGGAUCACCGCCGGCCUCUUCCAAGAUGUUGGCCCCCCCUGCCCCUUCCCCGCGCCAGUCGCCCCGGCAAUCGCCGCGGGCGGCGCGUGCUGGCAUCCGGCCUUGCGCCGAGGCGGCGGCCGCGGCGGCGGCCCUGUCUAGCGACGACAUGGUUGGCGGGGAAGGUGUGAGAGGGGGGGGCGGCGACUCGACGAGGAGGGGAGGGAGGGGGCGUCUGCGCGGGCUGAAAGCAAGCCCGCCGCUCAAUUCCAGCCGCUUCCCACUUGCCUCUCACGCGGUGGGGAGUGGGGAGGAAGAACUUCCGGGGGGAAGCAACGGUGUAAGCGGCACGAGUAGUGGCAGUAGUGGCAGCCACAGCAGCAAUUGCCGUGGUGGCGGUGUAAUCCCUCCUCCGCUUGUCCUUGGUGCACGCCAGCCUCUUGACCCCAGGGCCGACAAAAAUGCCCUCACGGAUAAAUUGCCAAACAGGAGUGCGUUGCCCAGACAAGGGAGGAAAGUGAGCGCGAAUGCUCCGUGGUCUAUACCCUCGGAAGGUCAGGACGGACAAAAUCUCCAUCUUCUCCGUGGUCUGGAAGGACCCGGAGAAAUGGAGGGCGGUGAUACAUCUGCGGAAAGGCGGGAAUCGCCUCUGGCUGAAUCGGCCGAGGUGGAGGCGGAUACAGACAUGCGGGGAGCUGCAGCAAUUGCAGGAUCGGGUGACGCGGACAAUUGUGCAACUUCUGUGCUAAUGUUCUCCGGUGUGGGGCAGGAUGUGGACAUCCCUAUUCCCAUCCCCCCUCCCACAGAGGAGCUAUCCGAGUCACUAACCGUGGAAGUUUCUGCAGAUUUUUCCGCGGAUCUUUCGGAAGACUCGGAUUCAGGAUCGGGCGUUUGGAGACAUGGAGGGCCGGAUGAUGGCGAGGACAGCCAGUGGGCGGCUGACAACGGUUGCCACACGUGCGUCUCUCGCCACCCCCACCCCCACGCCAUCCACUGGAAGAGGGGGGAGCAGAUUGGGAUGGGCUCGUUCGGCAAGGUGUUCAAAGGGUUGAACGAGUCUACCGGGGAGCUGUUCGCGGUUAAGCAGAUAAGCCUCAGGCACGGUCUGAGGGACGAAAUCAACACCCUCGAGGCAGAGAUCGAUCUCAUGAAAGACCUCGACCACAGGCACAUUGUUCGCUACUGCGGCACCGACCGAGGAACGCGGCACCUGUACAUCUUUCUCGAGUAUGUCCCGGGUGGGUCCAUCGCAAGCAUGCUGCAACAGUUCGGAGUGUUCAGAGAAGACUUGGUCAGGCGGUUCAUGCACCAGAUUUUGCUCGGAACGCGGUACCUGCAUGACAAAGGGAUCAUCCACAGAGACAUCAAAGGCGCCAACGUUCUGGUUACUGAACAGGGCAUCGCGAAACUGGCGGACUUCGGGUGCUCCAAGCAGUUUCAAGGAGUAACCACUCCGAGCUUCGACGAUAGCCUAAGGACCAUGCGGGGGUCGGUUCCGUGGAUGGCUCCCGAGAUGGCCAAGCAGACGGGCCACGGCCGAAGCGCCGACGUGUGGAGCGUAGGGGCGACGAUGAUCGAGAUGUACACGGCUCGGUAUCCCUGGCCUCCGUUCUCGAACAACAUGGCGGCUAUCUACCACGUCGCCACCGCCACGGCACCACCGGCAUUUCCUGAAAACAUUUCCUCGGAAGCGACGGAUUUUCUGUCGAAAUGCCUCAUCAUCGACCCUGAUGCGCGGUUGAAGGCCAACGAACUUCUGCAGCACCCGUUCCUUCUAGUUGCUGAAGCGGAGCUCGAGGCUUCUUUCGGCCAAGGGCCUGGCGGCUUCGGCUUGGGCGAUGGCACAGCCGAGCUAAGCUAG